ACAACUGAUGUAGGAAAACUUGUGGAAGUAUAUAUAAAACCUAUAAAGUUCUAUGAAGCCUGAUCAUGAUAUCAGAUAUGGAAAACCAGUUAUUAACCCACUCUAAGAGUAGUGUGACAUGAGCUGAGUCCAUUUCAUCCUGAGCUCCACCUCUACUAUUUUGACAAUGGUUUGUAGCAGACACAAGUUCAAAGGAUUUCUGCCUUUUGCAAACUCUCUGCUGGAUGUUGGAAUAAUAGGAAGUUCAGCCUGAGCAGUUUUUUUCCUGUGCAAGAAAAUUCUGAGAAACCAUCUGAAGGUACUUUUCACAGGCACUUCAGAUUAUCUUUUGAGAUGAAGAUGAAUGCAAUGUUUAUUGGGAAGUUUCUGAGGAUUGGGGGAUGUAUGGCUAGGGACUGUUGGUCAUUGAAAAUGGAGGAAACAAGGAAGCCUUCCCCAAAGCCAAGUAAAAGCAAAGAGCCUGUGAAAACAGAAUGGGGAUCUCAGAGUGUGGUGUUCACUUAUUUCCAAGGGGACAUUAACAGCAUGGUAGAUCAACAUUUUUCUAGAGCUCUCGGCAAUGUCAAGAACCCUGAAGACCUGAGUACAAAGCACAAAGGUGAUAUGGUUGUCCUGAAAAAUGUAGACAGCAUGUGUCCCCAUCAGUGGAAUUUCUCUUCACAUUGCUACAAACCAUCCCCGUCAUCUUCUUCAGCAAGCAUGGCAAAUUCUGCUCUGAAUUUUUCUGCUGCUGCUGUGGUAGGCCAGUGCCAGCCAUCGUCUCUGCAAAGUCGUCCAGUUCAACCUGCAGAUUUAUGGCCCUUCCCUCCAACUGGGACUCCCAGUGUCAUGGGUUCAGUGUAUCCUCACACCCCUCCUGACCUGCAUGCAGCUGAUGAGCUGAUCUCUGACAGGAAAUACAGUUCUCUUCUUGGCCUUCUGCAACAGGAAAGGUGCUUAACAUCCAUGCAAGAAUGCACCAUGAAGCAACACUCAAGUUCUGCUUGUAUAACUGGACCUGCAAGGUUACAAAAUAUGAGUCAAAGUUCAGCUCUUGGGGGAGAGAGGAAAGCAAGCUCUUACCAAGGCUCAGAAAAUCCCAGUGUAAGCCAUGCCACUGCAGGUAUUCAGAUUCAUGACAGAAGACAAGAUUUGUACUUCUAGCAACUGAAUGUUUCUACUGAGUUCUGAAAGAGAAGGUUAUUUCUGUGAACUUUUGUUAUUUGCAACUGUGAAUCAAGAAGAAAUGAACUGCAGCUAUCCUGUGUUUUUUCUCUCAGCUGGAGGAAUACAUGUGCUGUUUACUGUUUGGGGAAUGACAAAAUAACCCUCUUCUAUACAGUAAAUAAUUUCUAAUGUUUGCGGUAUUAACCUGGCAGUAUAUUUGUUGUGGCAAUACACUGUCUAUUUCAGGCUUUUCAUGUAGCCCACUGGAAGGGACUCCUGCACUUUUUAAUCUGUGUUUAUUAAUUUACCACCUCCAGAUAAGAAGCACAAUUCUUAUCAAUGCAUCUGAUUACCCCGAAGUGCAGGGAUGCAGUUAGCAUAAAAUCAAUGCUUCAGUUUCUUAGGUUGAUUUGAUAUCUUUAUAUUGUUUAAAAUAGUCUUAGGCCACUGGCAAGAGACUUCAACCACAGACCAACAAAGCACAUUAUUGUAUUUAUGUUUCAAAAGUGCAGCUAUUUGUGACCAUACUUGCAAUUCCUAGGGAUACUCUUCAGAGGUUAUAUAAUAUAUUUAUGCCUGAAGGCUCUGUUUUGACCCCUCACUAAUGUACAAUCAUCAUCUAGAAAGCAGUGAAUUCAUAGUAGCUCUGAGAGGAAAUAUAGAUUCUCACUGGGUGCAACUAAAAUACCAUUCAGCAAGAAGCUGCAGGUAGGAAUGUUCUAUUUUCCCAGCCUCUCUGCAGGUGUAAAAGAUUGCUUUUGUAAAUAAGCUCAGUGGGUUUAUUUUUUUCUUCUCCAUUGGUUUUACAUUUAUAUAAUAUAAUGAAGCAUGAUUAUCUUUUUCUGGCAGCUCUAUGCAGCUCUGAGACCACAGAUCUUGUGGUUUUAUAGAACAAAUCCUGAGCUUGUAUCAUUGUUUGUUGUACCAGAUUUCUCUGCUGCCACUGCUCCAGUUACAACACCUUGCAUAAUUUUAUAAAUAACAUGAGUUUAGCAACAUCAGAUGUUUAUGGUACUAAUAUAUAAACUGAGAUUUUGAAAAAGAAUUCUUUUUUUAAAUUUUGUAAGUUUGCUUUAGCAGUUACUUGUGAUCAAUCUGAGAUCACAAGGGGGAAGUGUUUUAACUAAACUAACAAGAUACACCAACAUCCUGUCUCCCUAUAGAUGACCACUGGAAAAAAAACCCACUCCUUUUUAAUAUUUCUAGAAAAAUCUUUCUUCUCUUUUAAGUUAAAGAAUACUUCUCUGAGUAGUUUUCUUUUGUUGUCCCCAGUCAUUUAAUUCCCCUGAUUUUUAAGGCUACGUGAUAAUACAAUCUGACUCCUCUAUGGGCCAAAGCAGAGAAUUCCAGCCUGCAUUCUGUACAUCUGUCUUAGUGGCACGUGCUAUAAUUCUAGUGAAUUAGGAUUCUGUUGCUUCAAAAUAUUGAAAUAUUUUUUCCUCCCUCUUCCAUCCCUGCCAAAGGAAAAUACUUGUAUAAUUUCUCUGCAAGGUCUGAGAACACAGUCUAUUUAAAUGUUCUUAAAUGUAGUGCUUCCUUGAACAAUUUGUUUUACAGCUGCAAAUAGUCAAGAUGACUUAUAAAGCUUUUGGUUCUGAUGAAUCAGCCAAGUGUGGGGGCAAAAAACCCUUGCUUUUAAAUGGAUGUCCCUUGUUGCAAGAACAUGAGGCAUCAGUGGCUCUGCCUUGACAGGGUCAUGCUGUGAGCCAUUGCUUUAGGUUUGUGUCCUCAUUGUCCAGCUGUCUGGCAGACCUGGGGAAAGGGAACAAGUGUCCAAGUAGCUCAAAGGUCCCUGGACCCCUUGCCAGUGCAGGCUCCACACCAGGUACACAGAUGCUUGCUCUCUUCCCUGGCUUUUAGAGGAAUGAGAAUGGAGUAGAGGGCUGUGGCACACAGGCUCUGCAUUUUGUCUUACACCACCACAGCACCAUGCACAAGAGUAUGCCUGGGUUUGUGGCAUCCCACUGCUCUUCUGCAAUAAGCACAGCUAACCCAUUGCUGCAAUUUGCCUUUAAUGAUUUAGUCUAAUAGAGUUUUGAACAUUUCACAGCAGUUUUCUAUACCAGGUAGGCUUUUCUUUAUGUAUGUAUAGAUUAAAACAAUAUAGCUAGACAUAUAUGCUCCUCUAGAAUAUUGCUUGUCUGGAGUGUUUCUUGCUCUCCAGCCCAGGCUGUUGCUGUGUUCCUGUAUUGCACUGCUGCAGUCAUGCUCCAGUGACUGUCUUCAUUCCCAUUCAGUGCACACUCUCCUUGCUGGCAAGGACUUGGCAGCCAGGACACUGCAUCCAGCAGCUGCCAUCUGGUACUUCCCACAGUUGUUUUCGUCCCUCCUCUGAAUGCAGCAAUCCUGGAGGUGCUGGAUGUUC